CACUACCUAGUGUAAACAGUUGGGCUCACUGUACCUCGUGUCUGCCGCGGCUUAGACCAAUAUAUACUUGACUAUGUAGAUAGAUUUGCACUACCGUGAAAGCCGGGGAUUCUCAUUCUUUUCACUAGUACACGACGCGCGGGUAGCGGUUACGAUUAUGUUGUGAACAUCUCUUCCUGAUACGGUCCCUUCCUUGGUAAUGUCGUCGCUGGAUUCGAUGUGAAUACGCCAUAAGCUCGAGUUGGAGUUGUGUACUCUUUCCACCCUACGAUGGUUCACCCGUACGAACCUCCACCUCCUCUGCCGGCUGAGAAUGGCGUACAUGUCUGGAGGACGGCGGUUGUUGUGCCGAUAAUUACUUUCUUUUUCGUCGCUACAAGAUUUUACACCAGGUUAUACAUGUUAAGACGGAAGCCUACUAUUGACGAUUAUAUUGUUGGUGCGACUAUGCUCGUCAGUAUUGCGCAUGCCGUCCUGAUAGCUAACGCUACGUACCACGGCAUGGGCUUACAUAUAUGGCAAUUUACGCCCGAGCUAAAUUCAGAAUAUUAUCUCUGGAUAGGCAUAUCUUCCGAGUUUUACAACCUCGGAUUAGCUGGCUUCAAAAGCGCUCUGAUCCUCCUAUAUUUGCAAACAUUUGGCCUUGUGAGCAAGCGGUUCAGGAUAGCCUGCUACCUCACGCUUUUUUAUACGUUGGGAUAUAUCACCGCCAACCUUAUUAUCGAGUUUCUGGCAUGCUGGCCGAUUGCGAAGAAGUGGCACCCUGAAUUGCCGGGCCACUGCAUCAACCGAACUGCUGCAAACACAUUCUUUGGGGUCGGCCACGUCACGUCCGAUCUCAUUAUUGCUAUUCUCCCGUUACCUCCAAUAUGGAAACUGUCGUUCCCUUCGACCAGACAGAAGAUUGGGCUGAGUUUCACACUUUCGAGCGGUUUCAUUGCAUGGGCUGUUGCCACCGUUCGAUACGUAAUCUCGACAUAUAACCAAUUCACUUACGACCGCCCUUGGUGGGCUGGGAUUUCCUUUGCCUUCUCUAUACUGGAGCUUAACACGGGUUUGAUCUGCGCAUGCGUCCCAACCUUUACGCCUCUCCUAUCUAUCUUCACCGCAUCACGAGUCGACAACUUCAUCACUACCUGGACUACGCGCGCCUCUGGGGUGUGGAACAACAGUUCCGAGAAGAAACCCUGGGACGACCUUGAAUAUCAUGGCCACCUAACAGCCGAUACACAUGACCCGCCGAAGAGCUCAGGAACUACUAGCGGGACAACUAUAACCGCUGUUUCUUCGAGAGAUAUGGCCACUUUUAGCCCAAUCACCCAAGAUGACGAUAUACCCAUGUAUGAUUUAUCAGGCUUACAAGCUCUUGCGGAGCGUGACAGAAUUCCUUAAGUUGUCAAUAUGAUUUGCUUCAUCUACAAUAGGGCUGCUUGUGUGUCUCGUGUUUCUAGCAAAUGACAAAACUGAAGUGCACUAACCCUCGCCUAUGAUAGACUUAAACUAAGCCGGGGUUACUUAUUGAGCUUUAGCUAUGAAACAGGAUGCUCAUUCUUUUCUGAUAUAUGGUAGAAGCAAAGGGCCGAUAGCCAAAAUCACGAAUGGCACUUCGACUUCUAAACACGAGUAGCAAUGACUAUACUAUGUAUGUGGACGAUAGUUGAAUCUGCUACGUUUCAUGAACAGCUGCCAAUUUAGAAUGUUGCUACCUAA